AAACAAUUCAUCCUAUUUUCUUGGUUCAGAAAGAAGUAGCCAUCAUCAUCAUAUAAACUGCAUGGUCCUUCCAACUAUGUAGGCAUCUUAUCUUAUUAAACAUCAUCAUCACCAUUCAUUUCAGCAACUCUUUCUUCACUAACUAGUAAUGGCAGAUGCCAAGAGCAACCCCAAUGCACAACUUCUUGAAGAACUAGAGGCUUUGAGUGAAUCCCUUUACAAACAGCACACCACCACAACCAGAAGAACAGCCUCUCUUGUGCUGCCAAGAAAUUCAGCUCCGCCUGUUGAAGAUGCCAAAGAUGAUGAUGGAGGCAGCAACAGAGGUCGGCUGCGGCGCAUGUCCAUGUCCCCAUGGCGAUCAAGACCAAAGCCUGACGAUGCUACUGCCAAGGCAGAAGCCAAAAAGCUUGAUGACAUAUCAAAAACUCCUUCAGACAGUGAUAAGAAAGGGAUUUGGAAGUGGAAGCCUAUGCGGGCUUUAUCUCACAUUGGAAUGCAGAAACUUAGCUGUUUGUUUUCUGUUGAAGUGGUCACAGCUCAAGGCCUUCCUUCUUCCAUGAAUGGACUUCGACUAUCCGUUUGUGUUAGAAAAAAGGAAACAAAGGAUGGUGCUGUUAAGACAAUGCCAUCAAGGGUUGCACAAGGAGCUGCAGAUUUUGAAGAGACCCUUUUCAUCAGGUGCCAUGUUUAUCACACCUCCAACCAAGGCACUGGAAAGCAGAUCAAAUUUGAGCCACGCCCCUUUUGGAUAUACCUUUUUGCUGUUGAUGCUAAGGAGCUAGAUUUUGGAAGAAGCUCAGUGGACUUGAGUGAGCUGAUAAGAGAAUCCAUUGAGAAAAACCAACAAGGCACCCGGGUGAAGCAAUGGGACACAAGCUUUGGCCUAUCUGGGAAGGCAAAAGGAGGAGAACUUGUUCUCAAACUGGGUUUCCAGAUCAUGGAGAAAGAGGGAGGAAUUGAUAUAUACAAUAAUCAAGUGGACAAUUCAAAGUCCAGCUCUGGAAAGCUUGGUAGUUUCUCUUCCUUUGCUCGUAAACAAUCCAAGACAUCAUUCAGCAUGUCUAGUCCUAGAAUGGCAAAUAGAAAUGAUGCAUGGACUCCUUCACAAUCGAGAAUAGGAGAGGAUAUUCAAGGAAUGGAUGAUUUGAACCUUGAUGAUCCAAACCCGGUUCAGGAUUCCUCUUCCUCUGCACAGAAAGUUGAUGAACGUAGUAAGGAACAGGUGGAGGAUUUUGAACUUCCAGAUUUCGAGGUUGUGGAUAAAGGAGUAGAGGUUCAAGAGAAGGAAGGAAAUGUGGAAGAAGAAUCUGAGGAACCUGUACAAGAGGAAUCAGCUUCCAGUGAAGUUGUCAAGGAAGUGGUACUUGAUCAUGUACACCUGACUAGAUUGAGCGAGCUUGAUUCAAUUGCUCAGCAGAUAAAAGCUCUUGAGUCUAUGAUGGGAGAAGAUGAUAAGUUUACAAAAAUAGAGGAAGAGACAGAACCACAGAGGCUAGAUGCAGAUGAAGAAACUGUGACAAGGGAGUUUCUUCAGAUGCUUGAGGAUCAAGACAACAGUAUUUACUCAUUCGAUCAACCUGAAAUUCCGCCUCUUCAUCUUGAAGGACACGAUGAUUCUUCUGCUGAAGAUGGAGAAUCCAAAGUGUAUCUUCCUGACCUUGGAAAGGGAUUGGGUUGUGUAGUUCAAACAAGGGAUGGAGGCUACUUGACUUCCAUGAACCCUCUGGACAUUGCUGUGGCCAGAAAAGAUACUCCGAAGCUAGCCAUGCAGAUGUCAAGGCCUUACGUGCUAGCAUCACAUCAAUCCUUGACAGGGUUUGAGCUGUUUCAGAAAUUGGCAGGGAUUGGCUUUGAAGAACUCAGCUCCAAGGUUUUGGCCUUAAUGCCCAUAGAUGAAAUAAUAGGCAAAACUGCAGAACAGGUUGCUUUUGAAGGCAUUGCUAAUGCCAUCAUACAAGGAAGAAACAAGGAAGGAGCCAGCUCCAGUGCUGCUCGGAUAGUUUCUUCCUUGAGAAGCAUUGGAAGUGCCAUGAGCUCAGGAAGGAAAGAGAGAAUAGCCACAGGACUUUGGAAUGUUGAGGAGGAGCCGCUCACUGCAGAGAAGCUUCUGGAGUUUGCAAUGCAAAAGGUUGAGUCCAUGACAGUUGAAGCAUUGAAAAUUCAAGCUGACAUGGCCGAUGAAGAAGCCCCAUUUGAUAUUUCUGCAAAGAAAGGAGAUGGUGGAAAAGAUCUUUUGGCUUCAGUUAUUCCACUUGAAGAAUGGAUCAGAGACCAAAGUUACAACAAAAGUACUGCAGGUUCUGAUGGUGAACCAGAAAAGGUGACACUCUUGUUAGUUGCCCAGUUGAGGGAUCCACUGAGACGCUAUGAAGAAGUUGGGGGACCUGUGAUUGUGCUGAUUCAUGCAACAAGUACUGACACAAAGGGGAAUGAGGAGGAGAAAAGGUUCAAGGUGACAAGCAUGCAUGUGGGGGGUUUCAAGUUGGAGAGUACCAUAAAGAAGAAUGCAUGGGACAGUGGGAAGCAAAGACUUACUGCAAUGCAGUGGUUGGUUGCAUAUGGGUUGGGAAAGGCAGGGAAGAAAGGGAAGCAAACAUCAUCAAAGGAACAAGAACUGUUGUGGAGCAUUUCUUCACGUAUAGUUGCUGACAUGUGGCUCAAAACUAUGAGAAAUCCAGAUAUCAAACUUGCAAAGUAAAUACCAUCUGCAUUCUUUUGCUGUUAGUUAUGCCAAGGAACAUUUCUUGCAUUCAUGUCUCGUACAAAAAUUCAACUACUUGUCCAAGUGAAAAGCUACACACCUAAGCUACUCACUGCAGCUACGUACACCAUUUAUGCAGAUUUAUGAAUGCAAGAUUUUGUAAAUGUCGUAUCAGAAUUUGCUGUUAUUGCAAAAGCCAAUAAAACUUGUCAGUGAUGUAUAGGACAAAUGUAUUUGAACCUUAAAAGGGUACCUCAGCUCUACUAAGUCCCUUUAUUUUCUUUUCUUUUCUUUUCAGCCUGUCUGUGCAUAUUUGUUGGUUUGGUUGGAGGAGAAAUGUUAUCAUCAUCAAGACAUUGUGUCAA